UGCCGAUGAGUAGAACUGGAGACAGCUUCGAAUCGCCUUGACUGGAGGCGAAAUUGCCGUCGCGCGGCUCGGGAACCAACCCAAACUGCGACCUGGGUCCGUGCCUAGCCUUCAAGCCCGCUCUGCCGCAGGAAGGCAUCUGGUUGCCACUGGUUACUGCCUAAGGCAGACAGCAGGAUGAACUGCAUACGGAGGACUAUACUAGCCUUGGAUUACUCAGUGGGUCGCCAUUUCUUUUCCAGAGCUGCUUCAGGGCAAAGUCUUUGGCAGCCUGAAAGAAGAUGCCUUUUACAGAGCUUCUCCCAGUCCCUGAGGAACUUCCACAGCAGUACAGCAAGACAGACCUCAGACUCAGAGCCACUCCCUAUGGUGAAGCCCCCUGAAAUGCCCACUAAGACCAUGGAGCCAUAUGAGGAUUUCUUUGAACAAGCAUCUGGUGGACAGAGAGAUAAGUCAGGAUUCUCAAAGGCAGUCAAGACCUUUACCCAGCGAGACAUUCGAAAACGGGGUCAUGUUGAUUUCAUCUACUUGGCCCUGCGAAAGAUGCCAGAGUAUGGGGUUGAACGUGAUCUAGAUAUCUAUAACCUCCUGCUGGACAUCUUCCCCAAGGAGGUCUUUGUACCUCGAAACAUGCUGCAACAAAUCUUCAACCAUUACCCCCGUCAGCAGGAAUGUGGUGUGCAGGUUCUAGAGCAGAUGGAAAACUUUGGGGUUAUACCAAACAAGGAAACGGAGUUUCUGCUGAUACAAAUUUUUGGGCGCAAGAGUCAUCCUAUGCUCAAGUAUUUACGCCUGAUGUACUGGUUGCCCCGCUUCAAGAACAUCAAUCCCUUCCCAGUGCCCAGACCCCUACCCAAGGACCCUGUUGACCUAGCCCGGCAUGGUCUGGAGCGUAUUGCAGCUGACUUGAGUGCCAGAGUCACAGUUUACCAGGUGCCUGAACCAGAAGAUCUUGAAGCUGACCCACCACAGCCUCACAUUGUGGGGAUCCAGAGCCCUGACCAGCAGGCUGCAUUGGCUCAACACAACCCUGCUAGGCCUGUCUUUGUUGAGGGUCCCUUCCCACUGUGGCUUCGAGACCAGUGUCUCUACUACCAUGUGCUUCGGGCUGACCUGCUGCCUCCUGAAGAGAGAGAAGACAAGGAGAUUGGGCAAGAGAGGAACUUCUAUUACCCAAUGCACCUGGAUUUGGAUUUGGAUCGAGGACCUUGGGAUGACUAUGAGUUUGAUAUAGAUAAAGUGGAAGAAGGCCCGGUAUUCGCCAUGUGUAUGGCUGGAACCCACGAUCAGGCCACACUUGCCAAGUGGAUUCAGUGCUUGCAGAUCACGAACCCAGCAUUGGCACAUAUCCCAGUGGUCUUCCGCUUGGGAGCAAUAAGGGGAGAACUCCAACUUGCUGAGCAUCAGGAACAUCAAGGCCAGCAGAAUGAGCAACAAGGGGAGCAGGUGUCUCCAAAGGAAAUGGAAGAACCAUCCCUAACCCAGAUUCGACACCAAGCUCAGAACUGAGCCUUUACCUGAGUUGUAUAAGACUGAGUGUUCAUUGCUCUCUGUUAGGUGUGGCUUUGGCUUAUUGAAAAGUGGAGGCUGGAUUUGAAGGUGCAUACCUUGAAGGGGAAUGGAAUUCUGAUGCUUUUGGUUUUAUCUUCAAACCAGGGGAACAUUAUGAUGUUGAAGUUAACCCUGCUUGGCUACUUUCCUUCUUGAGGGGGUAUAGCAAUUAAAGUAUGAUCCUUAGAUACUC